GUAGGAGGAGAAGCCGGAAGUGGUGCGCGAGCAGAUCCGUGAAGACGCAGCGCACCUUUCGGCGUCGGAGCAGAGAAGAGUCUUUACAGGACCUGGGAGGACAGGACGAGACGGGACAGCAUAGGAGAGGACAGGACAGCAUAGGAGAGGACAGGACAGGACCUGGUCCAACUGCAGAAUAUGGAGGACAUCAUUCCAUUAGUUCUCAACCUGAGAGACUGAACUACAACAGCACCAGCAGCAGCAGCAUGGCCGACGUCUCUGAUUCCUCCAUCGAGAAAGCAGAGGCCACGAUUUAUUGCAAGCUGUGUUUGAGUGACUGCCCUGCACCAGAGACGACCAGGUUGCGCUCAUGUGACUGCGUGUUUUGUACCCAGUGCUUACGUCAGUAUGUGCAGUUGGCCAUAAAAGACGGGGCUGGAACCCCCAUCACCUGCCCUGAUGUGGCCUGCAAGCACCCUGGAGCUCUGUUGGAUUCUCAGAUUGCCUCGUUUGCCUCGAGUGAUCAAGUCAAGUUUUACCAGCGGCUCAAAUUUGAAAGAGGUGUUCAGUUGGACCCAUGCAAGGCCUGGUGCCCAGUGCUGGAAUGUCAGGCAGUAUGCAUUGUAAACCCUAGCCCUGAGAGUAAACCGGUUCCCUGCCCAACAUGCCACAGCGUCUUUUGCUUCAUCUGCAAAGAAUUAUGGGAGGACGGACACAGCUGCCAACAGCACCAGCCUCUAGUGGUGCUGCCUGCCAAUGACAGUGCUCAGGCCAGUGUGGACGCAGACCCGGUUAUCAAACAGUGUCCCAAGUGUGGAGUGUACAUCGAGCGCAACCAGGGCUGCGCCCAAAUGUUGUGCAAGAGCUGCAAACACACUUUCUGCUGGUACUGCUUGCAGAAUUUAGAUGGGGGACAUUUUCUGAGACACUAUGACAAAGGUCCCUGCCGAAAUAAGUUAGGACAUUCCAGAGCAUCUGUCAUGUGGAACAGGACACAGGUGGCAGGCAUCCUGGUAGGCGUGAGCAUCAUUGUGGUUGUGACAUCUCCUCUGCUACUUUUAGCAUCUCCAUGCAUCCUGUGCUGUGUGUGCAAACCCUGGCACAGGAGGAACGAGAAGAAAAAGAAGAAAAAGCCAACAAAAGAGUCAAAGGCAACGGAUUUGGCGGCGUAAUGUGUUCUCUAUACCAACGCUCUCGUAUACAGUACUGUAUUUCCUGCAGUCCUCCAUCUGCAGUACUGUAGCUCUGUUACAUGCCAAAAACCUGUGUCGUUUAGCCAGGCGCUAAAGUGCCUCAUUUCUCCAGUGCCUGGUGUUUGGUGGUUUUUCUUUCGCCUUCCAUUGUAUUUAUGCAAAAAUAUCUAACAUCGAGAAAGGAACACGAAUCCAUGGCCUGUUUCUAAUCCAUGCAAAAUAUCUGUCGUGCCAUGGAAGUUGUGUUUCAUAUUGGGGUUAAGGAAAACGAUGGCAGGGCUUUAACUGUAACCAGUAUACAUAAAUGCUACACAAAGUAAGUCCUAUAGGUCUGAUUGAUUUCCCUUUGGGUUCCACUCCACAGGUUCUGAUGGGUGCUUGUUUCACCUGCUGUAAUGUGUGUAUAUAAUGUGUGUAUGAAUGUGGAUGCUGUCCUGUGUUUUUACAUUUUUCUGUUAACUUUUUGGCAUCGGAUAUUUUGUAUUACUCCAUAACAAUAAAAUGAAUAUGAGGUA